AUGACUGAACCCACCAAGUCCGCCCCCGCCCCGAAGAAGGGCUCCAAGAAGGCGGUGACCAAGACGCAGAAGAAGGACGGCAAGAAGCGCAAGCGCAGCCGCAAGGAGAGCUACUCGGUGUACGUGUACAAGGUGCUGAAGCAGGUGCACCCCGACACCGGCAUCUCGUCCAAGGCCAUGGGCAUCAUGAACUCGUUCGUCAACGACAUCUUCGAGCGCAUCGCGGGCGAGGCGUCGCGCCUGGCGCAUUACAACAAGCGCUCGACCAUCACGUCGCGCGAGAUCCAGACGGCCGUGCGCCUGCUGCUGCCCGGCGAGCUGGCCAAGCACGCCGUGUCCGAGGGCACCAAGGCCGUCACCAAGUACACCAGCGCCAAGUAAAAGCUUUUCAGCCUUUUCCUUUUUCAAAGGCUCUUUUCAGAGCCACUCACUUUUGCAUAUAGAGAGUUGUAACAGCAAGUUUUCUCAGCAGGCUUCUAAAAAGCGUGUUUGGUUUUUUUACAGACGUAUCAUAAAAUGUGAGUAGUAUUUUGGUGUCAGAUGUUUACUGAGACUUAACGUUAGUCUACAGAGCUGCAUAGACUAUGUGAAAUGUUUAUACUGGGAACUUGGCUAAAGCCCUGAAAAGAAUAGUUGGCUUUUUGUGUGUGUUCUUUAAAUUUUUCAUUUGUUCUUUGUUUAAUCAUUCACCUUUAACAUAAUUUCACAGUGGGUGUCUGUGAUUCAGUAUAUGUACUUCGUUUAUUUGUUUUCAUUACAAUGCCCACAUUAAAACAGCAUAAUUCUAUGUUUUUCACAAAGGCUAAGUCGUGCAAAAGAAAUUAUUUUGCAAAAGAGAAACUCUUAAUGUCAAUCAUCUUAUAAUAGAUCUGAACUAGGCAUAGGACACUACUGAACUGCAGAAUUUAAUCAGAGCUACUAUUGUAGACUAUUUCAAGA